AUGUCCAACUCCCAGACAGAGGCGAAAAAGAAGCAUCGCAGCCUCGGCCGCCUCCUCGGCAAACGAGACAAGACCCCCGAACGCCCUGAGCCUCUUCCCGAUUCUGCGUACGGGAGCUCAGAAGCCAAUAGUGCGGAUGGCCCCGUGGCGCGAGAAGAAACUCCCGAAGUCAUCUCCGCCGAAAAGAACAGUGAGAUCGCCAACAUCGACCAGGACCGCAACUUGGCUCUCAGACCCUCCACCGGCGAGGUCUUUGACGAAGACACGGGCGAGGUGGUGACAGUCGUGACGACCACCACAACCACAACCACUACAACAACCACAAAAGGCGGGAGGAGGCAACAAGAUGUGCAAAAGGAGGUCCAGAGAGAGGUCCAGCGUAGUCCCAACCGGCCUAUGCUGCAGGAAAUGCCUGCUGGACCAUCCGAGCACGAGGGCCUUGUCCCGCCUGCCACCAUCUCUACAAGCACAGCCCCGGGAGGGCGGGUGCCAGUAUCCAAUGGACGAUUGUCCGCAGACACACCUCCUGUUCCAGUCAAAAGUGCCAUGCGCAGAUCUGGAGAGAUGCGUCGGGCUAUGCCUGGAGCGAUGCCUGUCGACGACGCCCCGGUGAGCCCUGUAGACAGUCACUUCGCAGGACGCACAGGGAUGACGCCGCCCGAAAGUCCUUCACGGCCCAAUUACAGCUACCCCAAGCGAUCGUCUCUGAAGACGAUGGACCAGCCUAUGAAACAUAACCAGAGUACGAUCAACGACCUGAAAGCAGCCGCCAAAGGCAUUCACGGCGUAGGAGAAACUCUUCGGGGCACUUUCAGCUCCACCAUCGACAAGCGAUUCCCGUCCAAGAAUGCUGAGAAGGCGGCCGUAAAGAAUGCUCGGAACGAUGAGAUUGUGCAGAAAGGCCGAGCCGAGAUGGAGAGCGUCCCAGGAGGAUGGCCAGGCUAUGAACACACUCCUGUCGAUGCAACCUCCUACCACGAACCCGCCAUACCUGUGAAUGGCGCGCCGAGGACCACGACGCCGCCCGGAAAGGAGUCGAAAGGACUAGGCAAACUGUUCAAGAGGAAACCAGUGGCAGAACAAGGUAUGGAAACAAGGUGA